AUGCCUCCCCCCAUCGACAUCAGCUCGCUCAACAAGGACUCCUCCUCAGAGUACGAGCCUAGAAUCAUAUCCAUCCUCUCCAAUGCCAUCAACGAGCUGGCCCCCACGGAGCUCUCGGCCGAAACCACCGCCGGCGAGAUUGACAAGCUCUACCCCUCUGACGUUUCCGCGGCCGAAGGCUUCCUCUGGAGCUUCUGGACGCUCCUCGUCGCCGUGGCCAAGAAGAUACCCGCUGAUGAUGCCCGUCAGCAACUCCUCGUCACGACCAUCGGGAAGCUCAAAAACAAGCGGGACGAAGAGGUUGAGAUGUGGGGGCAGAAGACGCGAGUUUGGACUGAACUGCCCAUGCUUGGACCCGUCAUGAGAGACGAGUGGAAUUUGUCUCCCGAUUUCGAUGGCUCAGAAAAGGACAAUGCCACCAUUCAGGAAUGGAUCUCGCUCAACUCCUUUGCGGCAAGAAUGUACGGCGCUUCGCUGCAGCCGUGGGUGAAUCUGGGCAUUUGGGAGCUGCGCUCUGGCCUGGAAGAACCACCCGAGGAUCGACCAAACGCCAAGGACACGAGGAUUGCCACGGCAUACGAGUGGAUUGUUCACGCCGGCAAGGCGCUGUAUGCCAACGGACGGCAGGCCCAGCAACUGGACGCGAUGGAACAGCGGGCCUUGAAGCCUGGAUCUUUGCUCAAGAUUGAGGCUUCCGGGCUGAGCAGUGACCGGUGGAAUUUCUGGAGCGAGAGAAUUGGAGUUUUGGGUGCUACGGCUGGGAGCGGAGCGGCCAAGGAGAAGGCGCAGAAGGCCUUGGAAACGAUGAAGAAAAUUGAGGGCAACUAA